AUGUCUGGAGGCAAAACCGAUGUUGUGGUUAGAAGAAGCGGCCUCGAUAUUGCUUCAACGACCAGCCUCCUCGAGUUGCCCAUCGAAUUGGUCGUCCCGAUUCUCGAGCCGCUGGAUCUUUUAACUUUACUCGAAGUGGAGAACUGCCACAAUCGACUCGCCACCCUCGGGCAUCAAGUCACUGUUGAAUGUGUAAAAAUCCCCACGUAUGCAUUGGAAAUGCUGGUCGGCGAUCAAGAAAACAAGUGGGCUCUACUCGAAAAUCCGUCCGUACUUGAUGGACGCCAUGUGAACACCGUACUAUUCGAGAAUUCCCGGGAUUAUGCAGAUGAAGUAAAAGAGCUGCCGUCGUUCACCUGCACCAACCUAAUUUUCUUCAAUUUGCGAGGUUCCGCCUUCUUCGAUGCAAAUCUUCUCAAAUCCCUCGCGCCGAAAUAUAUCCAUUUAUCCGCCUGGGUAAACGGAUUGGAAGAACUGGAUUCGCUGAAAUGUCCGAUAUGGAUUAGCCAAAUUAAAGUAUUCCAAUUGGCACAGGUGCUGCUCGAUUUCAAGGCCCCAAAACUUGCCUUUGGGACGGAGAGGGCGGACGAACGAUUGUUGGACCUUAUUUUCAACUUCAUCGACGAUUGGAUGACCGGCCAUCGAGAAAUUGAAACAAUUUGGAUCUGGCCGAGGGGAUGGGCGCAUAAUGAUGAAGCCUAUACAAGAUGGUACUACGAAGUCGUUGAUAUUUUUGAAGACGAUUAUCCGGACGAUAAUCUCGGUUUUAUGGAAAUGGCGCUUCCCGAGCUGGCCAAGAAGUAUGCAUUGGCCACUAAUUCGACAGGAAUAAUUCGCGGACAGGUGGUACGAGAGGACGGAAAGGUGCUCAACAUUCGGGGCCAGGAUACCGAUAUUGUCGUGCAGGCUCCCGGCGCUACUACAAAAUUCGUUGCAUGCCUGCCACCUGACGUCUAUUUCUCGCCUCAACCCGAGCUACAACACCUCGAAGCCCCCGAAUUC